CAUUGCUAGAGCCUGUAACAAGGAUACCUCUUCAGUCGUCUUCCAAAAACUGCGAUUGUAACUUAGCUAUUCCUCUUGCUGUCGGUGGAUUCUGCUGGGCAUUUUUAGCAACUGUAAUUUUAAUUGGAGUACUGUUGAUGAUAAAAAGAAAUAAAGCUCGAGCCAACGAUAAGCACCUCAAAGCCAAGGGUAAAUCAAGCCAACAACAUUUAAAUGAUGGAAAGAAAUUGAAUCAUCAAAAGAAUACUGACCAGCAAAACAAUUACUGUGAGAUUGAUGGGGUUUGGAAACAACAAAUCAAAUACGAAUUAAAUGGUUCGGUCAACCAAGCCUACGACGUCAUAUCUUGGAAAGCACUAAGUUCGAAUCAAUCCAUAGAAAAAAUAGGUCAUCAAAAGAAACUAGACAUCAAAAACAUCGGAAUAGAAAAUCUCGCAAAAUGCGUACAAAAUCAGAAAUUAAACGGCGAAAUUGUGGAUGAUAUUCUGUACGAGCCAAUCAGUGUUGCCAGUUCUUCUGAAUUAGUAAAGCAACCUACAAUGCCAAAUCCAGCUACUGUUACAACGAACAAUAGUCUUACCAGUGAGAAUGAUCUUAACUUGAACGUGGAAUCCAGUCAUUACGGCCCAGAGAUUAAAGAUAAUGUAUUAUACGGUUCACUCAAUUAUUCACAAAUACAGAAGAAACGUUACUUCUCUGCUGAUGACACAUCGCCGUGCUGUGGGCUGGAGACCAACGGAUCUCAACGAUUCUCAAAAUCCCUGACGGAACAUAUCACCGAGAGUCGCGAUAUACUAAAUCUAACUGCAAACGGGGAGGAGUGGAUUUCCCAAUACGAGUCUUAUACAACUGAUAUGGUAGAAGAGGCACUUCAUGGAUCUUCGAGCUCAGCUAAUAAACUGAACAAUCGUCAGAAGGCUUCCCAUAGGAACCAAGAUAUAAUAUCGCCGAACAACUCUUACGAAGUGAUUGAUAAAUGUUUUGAGUAAAAAAUUGUUAUGUUUACCAAAUGCCUGAACAUUUUCAUCAAGUAAUCCAGUUGAAGUGAGGGUCACCUUGUCUAAUAUAAUCUCCAAUAUCCAUUAUAUUCUGUACAGCAAUGCCGGUUCAUUAAUUCGCGAAUCAUUCUUUCCGACAAUAACAGCAGUGCGAAACCAAAAUACCUCGUUUCUCGAUAAUCAAAUUUGAUUUCUUUUGGAUUUCCUUCAACGGCAGUUCAAACCGAGUGCUUUAUUUUUUCUCGUAAAUCGUGUAGGAUUUAUUUUUACUGAUUGGAAAAAAAAAACUUGACUUGAAAGCAUUGUAUAUUAUAGGGAAAUAUCAACAUAUUAAUUCUUACCGUAAAUGUUUAGUUACGUCAAUCCUAGUCGUUUCAA